AUGACCAUCUGCAGGCGAGGCCUCCUCCUGCUGCUGCUCCUGCUGACCGCCCACCCUGGACCCUCGAAGGCUCAGCACUGGUCUCAUGGCUGGUAUCCUGGUGGGAAACGAGCCUGGGGUCUCCAGCAAGCCCCUGUGCUCCCAGCUCCCGCGGAAGAGAGCGCCCCUUGGGAGAGCAGGGCCGUGAUCCAGCAGCCCUUCCGCGGGAAGCAGCGCGUGGCGCAGACCCUGUUGGUGAGUUGGGUGGCUAAGGGCUGUGGGAUCGUGAAGGGGGGGAAAGGGACGCCACUGCGAUGCCCCCGCUGCACAGACUAG